AUGGCCGCCAUGUACAACGUCACUCUGCUGGAGCUCAACAUGGUCGCCAGACCCAGGGUCACUCUGCUGACACUCCCCGUCAGUGUCCGCAAAAACAUCUACGCCAUGGUGUUCAGCGAUUCCAACCUCAAGAUCUCCUCCAGCGCCCGCCAACGCAAGGACAAGCCGACGCCGCCCUCCGUGGGCAUCCUACUAGCUAACAAGCAACUCUACGACGAAGCAAUCACGCAGUACUACCGCUACACCACCUUCUACAUGACGCACAGCACCAAAGCAGCCAAAGCAGCGGCGUCGUGGAUCGCGGCCAUCCCCGUCAUGUACCGAGUCGAAAUCCAGGACAUUGUCAUCCUCGACGCCAGUAUCAGUGGUGUGUGGCUCGGCCUGGACGGACCCAUCCUAGUCGACGACGACCCGGCCAUGGUAUCGCGCGCAAAGGCGUAUGAUGGGAAAGCGCUGGCAGCCCGACGGGAGGCGAGGGUGAUAGAUGCCUUCGAGCCGAAGCUGACGGCGAGGCGUGUCAGGCUUGCGGAGGGGGUGUUGCGCGUGGUUAUGGUAUCUUCGAGGGAGGGAAGGAUGUUCUUGGAGGAAAUGGGAACGACAUUGCAGGCUGUUAUGCAACAUUAG